AUGAAACUACUAUAUCGCUUAUUCCAACAACAGCAACCGAAAGCUAUACAACUUCUACUAGUCACAGCUUGUUUAAUUGGACCAACUACAGCAUUUGACAUCUUCACAACCAGAUCCCCAAACCCAGAUGACGAUUCUAAUCAAUGCUCAUUUCCACAAAAAGCUCAUUUAAAUCAUUGCUCAUAUAUUGAACAAAAUUGUGAUUCCACUUAUUUCAAACUUGCUCAAUUGUACUAUUGCCAAUUCCAUAACGUCGCUUCAUUGAUCUUCAUUUCAUCUACUAUACUAUUUACAUUAUGUUUAAUCCUCCUAUCACUAAGCAUACUUGUGUCCAAUUAUUUAUUUCGUAACUUGAAUGAAUUAACUAUGAGAUUGGGAUUAAAUAACCAGAUCCUAAGUUUUAUUUUGAUACCAUUGACUAAUUCCAUUGCUGAUUUAAUUAAUUAUCAUAUUGCUUUAGAACAAGGUAGUUCAAAUUUAGUUAUUGGGCAAUUAAUGGGUAGUAUAUUGAUUAUGUUUACAAUCAUUAUUGGGUCAAUAGCUAUUUUAACUAAAGGCUUUAAAGUUGAACAUCCCAAGAUUUUGAUUAUUGAUUUAGGUUGGAUCUUGGCCGUACUUGUCCUUUUUGCAUAUGUCUUAUCAGAUGGGAAAAUUAAUCAACUAGAAUGUAUAAUCAUGUGUUUGGUUUAUGUUGUAUAUGUUGUGUUCUUGGGUAUUUUUGAUAAGGAAAAAUUGCGAGAUUAUGAUGAAGAGCUAUUGAUUGAACAUUAUGAUGGUGAUGAUGAAGAAGGAUGUCAGCAUAUCUUAGAGCAACCAUACAAUGUUGAAGAUGCAUUGGAUAUCAUAUCGAAUGAUGAACAUAGUUAUGGAUCGUUUAAAUCUAUUUCGAGAAGUGCAUCACCAAGAAAUUCGCCAAAGGGUUCUCAGUGUUCAAGCCCUUUAGGUUCAAGAGUUGCUUCUCCUUUACCUAUCAGUCCAUUGACUUCGCCAACUCCUAUGUCUCCGAUUGCACCAAAUCAAAGUUUACCAAAUAUUGAUAUCGUAGAUGAAGGUGAGGUAGAUGGAGGUAUUGUAAGUGAAGCGGUUGAUUAUUUGUCAGUGCAUUAUAUCCCCAAAGACCAUAAUUCACCAUCACCAUAUCCAUCGCGACCUCGAUCUCGUCCCUGUUCAAGACAAUCACUGUACCAUCUGCAUUUGCAACUACCACACCUGCAUUCACAUACCCCAGUUUCACUCCAUAAACGAAUAAUGACAAUCACAUUUCAACACAUUUGCAAUUUCAUUGAUUUCAUCUUUAUUUUCCUAAUUCCAUUCCAUCGAUGUAUUGAACUAGAAGAUUCUGAAUGGAAAGCUCAAUUACGACAACACAAGUACUUACCAGUGUGGUAUCUAUUUGUAACUCCAUUACUUUUCAACUAUCAGUUUACUCAAUUCAACUUGCAAUUUCUCAUCCCAAUUGUCACACUAUCAAUCCCUGUUAUAUUAUACUUGAAACGAUUCAUCAACAUAAACACCAAAAUUAUACUCAUUUCCAUUGUGGGUACAUUGAAUAGUUUAAUCAUUAUCUCCAACAUUUCCAUCUACAUCCUACAAAUGCUCAAAAAUUUGGGACUAAUUUGGAAUAUCUCCGAUUAUAUCCUCGGACUACUUGUGUUUUCAAUAAGUAACUCCAUAAAUGACGUAAUUACAAACAUAACGCUAGCUACGAAAAUCAACCCCAUAUUGGGAAUAAAUUCAUGUUUAGGUACUCCAUUGCUCAUUAUACUAUUGGGUGUUGGAUUCAAUGGGUUAUUAGUUAUACAAAAUCAAGGCGGUAAAGCAAUCAAAUUUGAUUUGAAAUCGAGUGUGAUACUUAGUACUACGGCAUUGAUUAUUACUGUUACUUUUAUUUUGAUUUAUUUACCAGCAAAGAAAUGGAAAUUUGAUCGGGCUUUGGGCAUAGUUUUGGUUAGUUGGUAUUUAUUAAUUGCCCUGGUUAAUUUAUACUUGGAAUAA